CGGCGGGCGUUGUUUCUCUUUCACUUUCCUUCGCUCUGAGGCCGGCGCGCUGGCGGGCAGGCGGCGGCGGCGGCGGCGGCCGCUUGACAUGGGAAGGCUGAACCACCAAAAGGAGUGAUGACCAGCGAUCUCACAGUACAUCUGGCUGUUAGUUCUCAUGCUUCGGACACCCUACUGGGAACGCCACACCAGCCCUGGGAUCGGACUCUCAUCCACUUAGUACCCCUCUUUGUCUGAACUACUAAAGCCAGGCUCAGCUGACCACGAAUGGCUACCCAAAGGAAACACCUGGUGAAAGACUUCAACCCUUACAUUACGUGCUAUAUCUGUAAAGGGUAUCUGAUCAAGCCAACUACAGUGACGGAAUGCCUCCAUACUUUCUGUAAGACUUGUAUUGUCCAGCACUUUGAAGAUAGCAACGAUUGUCCAAGAUGUGGCAACCAAGUUCAUGAGACAAAUCCAUUAGAAAUGUUGAGGUUGGAUAAUACAUUAGAGGAAAUUAUAUUUAAGCUGGUCCCCGGACUCCGAGAACAAGAACUUGAGCGGGAAUCUGAAUUUUGGAAGAAAAAUAAGCCUCAAGAAAAUGGACAAGAUGAUACUUCAAAAGCUGACAAACCUAAACUAGAUGAAGAAGGUGAUGAAAAUCAAGAUGAUAAAGACUAUCACAGAAGUGACCCCCAAAUUGCCAUAUGUCUAGAUUGUUUACGAAAUAACGGACAGUCGGGAGACAACGUGGUAAAGGGUUUAAUGAAGAAAUUCAUUCGAUGUUCUACACGUGUAACUGUGGGAACUAUUAAAAAAUUUCUAAGUUUAAAACUAAAACUUCCAAGUUCUUAUGAGUUGGAUGUGCUGUGCAAUGGUGAAAUUAUGGGGAAGGAUCAUACUAUGGAAUUCAUCUAUAUGACCAGAUGGCGUCUGAGAGGCGAAAACUUUCGGUGUCUGAACUGCUCAUCUUCGCAAGUCUGCCCUCAGGAUGGCCCCUUGUAUCAGUCAUAUCCUAUGGUAUUGCAGUAUCGACCAAGAAUUGAUUUCGGUUAGACCAAGGGGCCUAGAUGUCACGGAGAUGAAUCCUGCACUAUUUGUUUACUCGUCAACAGAUUGCACAGAAAAUGGUGUGCGGACUAGAGGGAAACAAUCAGAUUUUCAGCAUGCAAAUAAGGCCAUUGUUCGUCUCAAUUGUCAGUUGCAUUCAUGUUGUUUCUAUUAAAAGCAAACCAAGUGCCAUUUUGCUACUGAACCAUCUGCAUAAGGUAUUUGUGCUGUCUCACAGUGUGCAAGUCAUGGUUGAAAUCAGGUGUGCAGCCAUGAGUCUGACUAUUGCUCGCCUCUUCCAAGAUCGUUCUAUUAUUUAAUUACACUAGCUCAAUGGCUCAGUCUUUGUGGUAUCGCAGUUUUCACAUAGACUAUUUUAUUAAUUCUUGUUCAAAUAGAGUACUGUACAAGAAACUAAUAAUUAUAUCUUGAAAUUAUUUUGUAUGGAAAUAUAUUUAGAAAAGUGGUUUCUGAACCAUCACCCUGUUGUUGGUAAGCUUUUUGUGUAAAAAAUAGUUCAUGUGUGUGUGUACAAGUCCUUUUGUGAAGAAUUCCAAUUAUUCUUUAACAUUAGAGCACAUCGAAAUCGUAGACAUCCUCAGUGUCUGUCUUUGUAGUCUACCAAUUGCACAAGGAAGGCAUGUCAGCCCUCCCGAUGGAAAAUCCGUGCAACAUCUGGGACAACUGAAGAUAGACUCGCAACCAUUCAACAUGGUGGCAGCUGGUCACAUUUACUAAUAAGAAAACUUAGUGUGUAAGUAAAGUUAAUAUUUGCUAAUGCCUUAUGCGAAGCAGGUGCUGCUUACUGACAUGUCAUUGGAUAGCCCGUUUUAUGUUUGUAUCUUUACGUUGUUGCUGUCACUUAAUGAGUGCACUGUUUCUCUUUUUAAGUUGGCCUUAGAUGUGUGUCCAUGUGGCAUGCAGAGGGUUAGGAUGACUUUUAAUAUUAGGAUUUUUAGAGCAGAUGACAUUAGCUAUUUUAUGGAUUUCAAAAGUCUCAAAACAGUUGUAGAUCAAAACUGUAAGUUACCUAUUGCAUUUCCAAACCAUACAUGUAAAAUAGAGUAAAUGCAACACUGUAGGUCAAUAGGCUGAUCAGAACUAAUGGUUUGAGAGGAAUUUUAUUUUAGGUCCUGUAGCGGUCAGAGGGAAAUGAGAUUCUUGCUCUCUACAUGAGUUCAUUAUGGCCAGAGCUGUGAUAACGUCCUUGAUUUUGUGGUUUUGUUCAGUCUUCCCUUCAUUUUGGGAUUAGUCUGCAGUUCUUGUUACCUUAAAUUAUAUGAGAAACUUCAUUUUAAACCUUUCAAAAUUCACAGUUGUUUUCAGAAAAUUUCUUUGGAAAUUGUUUUACUCAUUGUUUCAAAACAAAGUUAAACUCAAACAGGAAAAAUUCUUGAAAGGAAAAAUGUUUUAGAAAUCUGACAUGAGCACAAUCUGUGUGUUAAACACAUAGUUUUAUACUGAAUGCAUGGUAGAAAUGCUACAUUUCCCAGUAAAAUAUGUUAAUGCCUUCUGAAUUUUAAAAUGCUUCUUAGAAACAUUGUGCAGUGCUAAGAGAAAUACAAAAUGCAGCUCAUUCUUUGUGAAUGAAACUUCCCAAUUGUUUUUUUUCUUAUAUAUUUUAUUCAAGUCCAAGUCUGUGUUACAGUUUUCUGUUGUUACUGUGACUUUUGUGGGAAAAGGUUAUGGCAAUAUCUCAACUUCAUUUUUUUAUAAUGUGUUCUUGGAAGGGCUCACAAGCAGAAUUUAAAAGGCAGAUUUUCACUAACUCUUUCAGUGGUUGGAAAAAACCAUUACACUCAACCGAAAACUGAAUUUACCAUCAGGCUACAGAAAUUAUUUUGCUGUGCCAUGAAACCUAGUUCCCAGAUAUCCCUAAGAAAUGUUUUUAAUUAUUAUAAAUUUAUCACGUCUAGGUCAGUGAUUAAGAAGUAGUGCAACAUGGAAGUUAAUUUAAUCAACUCAAAAUGGAUUAAGGAUGCAUUUUUAAAACCAGAAAUGAAAUUUGAUGUUUUAGCUUCCUGGCAAAAAUUUACGGCCAGAAAUGAAUUUUAUAUACAAGAUCUCUUUAAAUUUGAUCUGUUGCCCGAUCCUAUGUAAUUGUACUAUUUUCCUUGGAAAUAUAUGAGACAGUUAUGGAAUUGAAAAUCAUUUUAUAUAAAGUUGCUCUCUUUGAUGUUAAUGCGUUAACAUUUUGUUCAAAUGCAAUGGAGGACAUAUAUGUAAGUGCCAAAACAGGUGAAAACCUCCCAUUCAGAGGGCGUCAGUUGCUAUUUGAGGCCAAGCACACACAUUUGGAUGCUUUGAGUCACGUGAUACUGCUCCUGAGAGGCACAGGCUGCUGGCGCUGCCCACUGUGGGUAUAGGCCGCUAACUGCUUUCCCGUCCAGCAGUGCACUCGGCUCCCGCUUGUUAGCCCCUAAGUCAGUUUGGAGAAUUUUAGGAAAGUAUGCAGACACCCUCGUGGUCUACUUUAUAGAUUCAGGGUGCUAACAAAACAAACUGUAUCAGUAACCCAUAGGGGUAAUCAUCAAACUCUGUACAACUGGAGAAUAAAGAAACCUAAAGUUAACUUUUCCUUUCAUCUGUUGUUUAAGCAAUACAUUGAAAAAAAAAAACUUCCAUAAAAGAUUUAUCUGCCUUAAUUAUCGCUGUAAAAGAAUCAAGGAGCCCUAGAUGUCAAGAAUGCUUGUGGUUUAUAAACAGAACUUUAUUUGAAGUAAUCACAAUCAGUUAAUAGAGAAGUCAGAAUAUGGCCUUUUCUCUAGAUUGACAAGACAAUUUUAAGGAGUUUGGGGAAAAAACCUGAAAGGCUCAUUCAGGAGGUGAUACUUGGUCUGGGGUUUGGGUCAUGUCCUCCAACUACUCUCAGGAGAGUUUGUCAUUUCCUCAUUCAUUAAAUACCUGUCCCAUUCUCACAGGCCACACUUUAUGAAGUUACUGAGUUUUCUCAAUUAUAUUAUACACUCAAAUAUAAGCUAAAUUUAAACUGAUUCUUAAGGGAAAAAAAAGCAUUGUAUAAUAUUGUGAACUGUUUAGCUUUAUCGAAUAUUUAAGAGAAAGUGCCUCACUGCUGAAGUGCAUUUCUGUUUUAGAUUUACUGCAUAAAUUUUGAGUUAUCUGUACCUGUUUCUUAUGAAUGGUUUUUCUACUUAAAUAGGCGCUUGCAAGUUUCUCUCUUUUUGAAAGAUUUUCUUAAGAACAUAGGUAUCACCAAAGACAUUUUACUGUUAGUAACCAUAUUACAGAAACAGUUUUAACAGUUUGGAAGUUGGAAAUUUUUAGUUUGCAAUUUAAUUUUGUAUAGUUAGGCAAUAACCUUGAUCAAUCGCUACAGUAUCACCAAAGAAAGGCUUUAAACUGAAUUUUCUUGGUGAGCUCAAGCAAAUGCAGGUGCUCCCUGCAAUAAUCAGAACCUGCUUCCUUUCAUCUGUCAUCAGGAUGUUAGAAGAGAAAGAGAUCACCACAAGAAAUAGCCCCCUCUGGAAAAAAAGGGGGAAAUACUUUGAAAAGAAAAUUGAGAUUUUUAAAUCAUAACUCGAGAAGCUCUUUGUUCCACACAGGGUAGUGUAAAUUAAAAUUACACUUCUUUAGCUCGAGGGUUCUUAGUCGUGAGAAAAUGUUCACUGAAGACACACUUUGGGAAGAGUGCUGACAUGCUUACUUGUAUAGAACACAACACAUGCUAUUGGACUUACAUAAGUAAGUGCUUUUUCUGGAUGCAAAAGCUAAAUUUUCAUUAGGGCUUAUUUUUUUUCCCCCUGUAAAGCAACUCUAUCUUGUUUCUCAGCAGUUACUGUACUGUUAGUACAAUUUAGAUACAGCCUAAUUCAGCAGACUGGGUUCCAGAACAAAGAGCACAUAUGCCCAGCUAACGUGAGGAACCGUUGUACCCCCUCUCUCCUUGGGAGCUCACACUGUGGGCACCUUACAGGUCACAUGGCGUCUUCCUGAUGAGUAACUGGGCAAACCUCCCUGCACAGGAUAAGAUGGCUGCCCACUCAGACAUACACUCUGCCUACCAUGCAGAAUUGCCCGGCAAGCUAAGAUUUAUGCCAGUGACACUGGCUGCUUGCAAGAAUUCCUGAAGUGACUGACUUUGCCAUAACUGACUUCCUGGAUGAGAAAUGCAAAAGUGUGAAAUGCCACUAUUAUUUGGUGAUAGAUACCCCUAGACUUUGGAGAGUGACAGAGAAGGUAACACACGCAAGAACUGGUUUGUGAGGAGUAGAGAUGAAGAGGGUAACCAACAGUUACUGGAUUUACUUUAGAGUGCUGACAGAAACAUCGGAUUGCAAAGUCAUUAAACCCAACAAGCAAAUAUAAACUACAGGGUUUUCAUAGUUUUGUUUUUUUUUUUUUUUUUUUUUUUUUUUUUUUAAGCAGUGGCAUUUUUCUGGUAAUUUAGAAGUGAUUCUCUGCGUAAGUCAUACAGUUUUCAAAUAGUUUGUUUCCCAUCCUCAUACUUUCAAGUAGAAUUAAAAUGCUUGAGCACUACCUUUUCAGAAACCUAUACAACUCGCCCAGCCCACUCACAGGUCUCUAAACUGGAAGCACCACGCCCCCCGUGUCUGAGUCACAAGACUGCAUUUUUUCUCACCUUUACAUUUAGAAUCAAGUGAAGCAGACCACGUGGAGGCUUCAGCAAGUUCAUGGUAAACGGCAUUCAAAGGUGGCUGCCAAUAUCCCAUGAGCUUGUUCAAUCUCCCCUCCCCGUAUAUUAAAUACUGGGUCUGGUGUUCUUCCAUCUUAUAGUGCUUCAUGAAGAAAGAAACUGGUGUGAGUGCAGGUGGAGUAUUUCUGGUGGCAGAGAGAGUGAAGAGAUUAAUGUAUUUAUCCCUCCACUUCGCAUCAGUGCCCUGGAGUGGGGGGAGCUCUUGCACAUCAAAAAUACAUGGCAUCAGCCUAGCAUUGUCCGGGGUCAGCUAGCUUUUGCUGUAUUUCUUAGAAGGGGAGUGGGGGCUCAAGUGUCCUUACAAAGCUGUGGUCCAGGACAGGAGCUGGGGCGGGAGGGGGGCGGGGAGUGCCAGGGUUCUGCUGCUUUCCUGAAUCGGGUCAAUACAACAGCGGUAUCAGUUUAUCAUAAAGUAGCCCUCACAAUAAGUACAACUAUCACAAAGUAUAUUGUAAAGUUAUGUUGCUGUUUUUCCUUUGAGACAUGAAAUACUUUAAGCUUUUUGUCAAAAGUGGUAACAUCUUAAUACAAAUAAAAACCUUUUUGUGGUUGUAAGAUUUAGCUUAUAAAUCAUUCAAAUUGAAGUGAAAGAUUUACCAGGUCAUUGUUAAUGACUUAGUCUAUUAAGAAUAUAUGUAUUUUUGUAAUGGAAAAGCACUUGUAGAUAUUUAAUCAGUCCAAGAUAUAUGUGUUUUGCAGAAAUAAAAUGCUGCUUAGAGAUUCUCUUUAAAUAUUUUUUAUUUUUGUGCUCAAAUGUAUUUUCUGUUGAUCUAUGGAAUGUUCUGUACAAAGCUGUAUGAUUGUACUGUUGGGCUAGAUACAUUUUUUAAAAAAAAAAUCUGGACUUAGGCAAGUAUAUUUGACCAUGUUAAAAUAGUAUCUUUGUUAUUAAAAAUUU